AUAAAAUUUAGUGGCAUGAUUUUGAAUUUGAACGAGGAUGCGAUGCGAUGCGGUAUGUACCGUACUUGGUACGCUACGUAGUCGUACGUUCUUCGAUUUGUGCGUGUGCCGUAGUAGAACACAGAUCGAAAGCGGAAGAGAAGGAACAAGAGCACCGGCAAGGCGAAUCAAAGCAAAGGAAAGCAAAGCAAACGAAAGCAAAGCCGGGAUGGUGUGCCGAACGAAGCGGCAGUGGCAGCUGCUGUGCCUUGCCGGUGUGGCCUCGAGCGCCUGGUUUCAUUCCCGAACCAUCUCUUCCCUCUAUGUUCGCUACGGCUGUGGCGAUGUGGACGGCGAUGCGGAUGCCUAUGGCUAUUUGCAGAGAGAUGUGCAGAGAGAUGUGCAGAAAGAUGUGCAUACAGAUGUGCAGAAAGACGUGCAGAAAGACGUGCACCAAAACUACCCGAGAAUCCCCACGCAGGAGCUCCAAGACUACUACGAGGCACUCCGGGCCGUUUCGCUGGAGGACUAUCGAUUCGGUUUGGAGCAGCGGCGGAAGCAAGGGGGCAGCGGGAAGGAUGGCAACGAACACGAACACGAACACGAGCACAGCAACCAAAACGUACACAGCAACCAAGACAACAACCUUUCCGGAAGGGACAACCUUCUCCUGUACCACGGCUUCAUGGGCCUCGGGCACCGCCUCGGGAGGCAGGCAGCCGCCUUUCACCACGCCUCCACCUCCCAAAGGGUCCGGUCCCCCCGGCUCUGGGUCCAGUGGGACCGCACCGACCAAUCGGACACCUGCGGGAACCCCACCGACGGUGCAAACCACAACCAAAACGCCACGGACGAUCAAGGUGCCCCACUCCCGGACCUCUUCGAGUACCUUUUCGGAGUGGGUCCGAUGGUGGUGGACGCCGGGUCUGAACAUGGCCACGGACCUGCUCGGCACACGAAACGCAGUGCAGGAACAACCACAUCCACAAACACAGCAACCAACACAUUCACAUUCACAACCACAUCCACUACCACACACACAACAAACACACCCAUAUCCACAAACACAACAACAACAACAACAACAACAACAACACCCACCACCAUGCUGCGAGAGGUCCGGAACGAGCUCGACUCCAGGCUCCGAGCGGAACUGGACCGCGCAAAUGCCACGCUCGAAGCGGCGGGCCGGGGACGCAACGAAACAAACGCGUCGUCCUCGUCGUCGUUGCCACGGCUCUUGCCCCUGGAACGCGAUUCCUUUUCCGCGUCUUCCUCGAGGCUCUUCCGGAACGACGUGGGCGGGUAUUCCUAUCGCUGCCUAAGGGAGCGCCUCGCGAAUGCUUCCGCCGUGUUUGACGACCGGGCCGCCAGGGAGACCCUUGCCUCGCACUAUUCCUUCUACCAACAGCUGGCCGCCCUGUUUCGGUUCCGAACCGGCGUCGAGGACUUUGCGGUUUCCCACGCCUUUUCGGAACGGACCGUGGUGGGGGUCCACGUCCGCACCGGGAACGGGGAAAAGGGGGACUUUGCCCGCAAGGGCCGUUCCAUCCUGGACCCGGUGGCCGAGACCGAGCACGAUGGAAAGGACCAAGAAGAAGACGAAGACAACGAUCAGGACCAUGAUCAGGACCAUGAUGCCGACGAAAGCGCGGGCAAAGACCCGAUGGAGGAGUGGCUGGGGAACCUGUCUAGGACGGUGCAACGGUUGAUCCAGCUGAAAGAGCAGCACCAGCGACGACGACGACGACAACAACCACAACCACACGGCCCCGCUGCCAAUGCCGCUGCCGAUUCCCUCCCGCCGCUCGUCUUUGUAGCGACCGACGAUCCCCUGCUGGUACGCAAGCUCUCGGACGCCGUUGCCGCUCUGGACACCACCACCACUACAGAGAAACAGGCGCGGACACGGAAACAGAAACGGCCCGUGGUCGUCUCCUUUUCGCACAAGGCCCUCCUGCCCCCCGGGGGGGGCGUCUCCUUCGGGGCGACCUCCCUCGACCGGGCUGCCUGCCUCGAGGGAUGGGUCGGCCAGGUCUCGGACGCUCUGCUCCUGGGGGCCGCCGACGCCCUGGUGGCCGCGAGGUACUCCUCCUUCACCCAGGCCCUGCCGCUGGCCAUGGUGCUGGGGGAGAGCCUCCGGAACCACGAACCGGGGGAGACCAACACCGGUGGUGGCAGCGACAGCAACAGCAACACCGGACACACCAGGUUUGCCAACCGCCUGUUCUGCGAGGUCAACAAGCCCGCCGACGGGAUGCGCUGCUACGACGACUACACGGACUGGCUCUUCGGAGAGCGCGAGCUUUACGUUUCGGCACACACGCCACAAGGGGAAGCAGAAGAAUCACUGGUGUGGAACCCCUCCGUCGAGGCAGGGGUGCUCUACCAGAAGCAGGUCUUUCUGCGCUGCCAGGACGAGGAAACCGUGGAGGAACACCGGAGGAACAAGAUCGCCCUUCUCGCCGCCGCCGGGGGCGAUCGCAAGCGGGCCAAGAAGUGGUCCAAGGACCGUCGCCACCGGGAAGCCACCGCCAACGAGCCAAGGGCCGAAACAGAAAAAGAAAGGCGACGACGAAAACGAAAAAAAAAGUAAACGAUACAAACGGCGACGAAACAGGAACCGACCGAGAAAGACCCAACGAGCCGAGCCAACCAGCAGCGAAGGAGAAAAAGUCCUGCAACGCAAGCACAGCAGGGAUCAACACGGUGCCCGUCCAACAAAACAAGACAAGAGAAUGGCAAACCCCAACGACACAACCGAAAGAACCCGUACGAUGCAAGCGAAGCAACAACAGACCAUCGGCUGCGAACAGAAGAAGACGAAGACGAAAACAAAGAAGAAAGGCGAGUCCUGCAGAGCGGUCCGUCCGAGUCCGAAUCAACCAACGCGCAAUUC